AUGGCUGAUCAAAUCACACGCUCCACACUAUGUAUAUGUGCGGACAGGGGAAGACAUAUGCAACACACACGCACACACGUACACACACACACAGACACACAUACACGCACACAUAUACAUACGCACACACCGCCACGCACACACACCCAAACAGACAGAUAG